AUGAGUUGGCUCCGGACAACCAGCCUCUCGCUCGCUCGCCAGCUCUCGAGGACCCUCGACCCUCGACACGACUAUGAGCCACAUGCCUGCUACGUGUCAUUUUGCAAGCACUGGCAACAGGCACACGAUAUUAUACUUAAAUCUCAACCAACCCACCUACACGACGAUGUCCUAGGCGUAGUGAAUCACCUGGAACAGCUCUCCACCCUGCUAGUACUCGAGGCUAAAGCAAGGGAGAUCAACACUGCAACCAGUCCUGCCUCCUGUCUAGAGUAUCUGCUCAGUGAAAACCUGUUGGAUAAGCUUUAUGAAUGGGCUGUUUGUACUGGAAAAUACGAAAAUGCCGUGCGUUUGGAGGAGCUCAAGUUAUUUGGACAUCUUAUCAGCCAUUAUAGUACUCAGGUGAUUGCCGCAGAGCCUUUCCUACGACCGCUGCUGAAAUUGUUAAGCGGAUUCCGAAAUGAAUUACCUCCACCUAAUCUUGAGAGUCAGCUAGUGACGGUACUGAACCAGUUGUGUGUGGCGCUGAUGCAGAACAUCAAGUUCUUGGAUUUGUUCUUCCUAACCAUGCACACACAAAAAGGGUCACAGGCUGAGUUUAUAAUAGUCCGCCUCCUGCUGUCGUCGGUCCACCGCGAGGGCGGUCCGGGCGCGGCGGCGCGCGACGCGCUCCUGCUGUGUGCCAAGAUGUCGGCGCGCUGUCCGCAGCUCGCUGACUUCAUGCUGGCCGGGAACACGUGCCCUGUACUCGCUACUGGUCUAAGCGGUCUGUACUCCCUCCUGCCGCGCACCCUGAGCGAGCAAGUAUACCGCCUGACACCGGACGACGUGAACCACGUACACAAACUGACGUUGUUCAUAGACUCACUAGAGUUCUGUAACGCUGUGGCACAGGUAGCUCAUCCCUCAAUAAAGAAGCAUCUACUAGAUCUACUAUACCAAGGGUUCUUAGUUCCGGUGAUGGGCCCAGCGUUACUACAGACGAAAGCGGCGACGUUGCAGAGUGGCGCGGCGGAACAAGCGGCGGCGAUGGCGUACCUCGAACUUCUAUUGCGAUGCGUCACCAGGCGAGGACUACUGCGGGCUGUACUUCAUUUCCUCUUUGUAUAUGAGUAUGAUGGGGUUAGAGUCGUCGAUGUGUUGUUACGAAGACUUGAAGGCAAUUCUCAGCUGUCACUAGUCUCCUUAGCUCUAAUGGAGACACUAAUCGACCUCAACUGCGAAGAUGUGAUGGUAGACCUGGUCUUCAAGCACCUUCUCAACGGCCAUCACCUGAUGGUAGCCUAUAGACACAAGAUAGCUGAUCCGGAGCCGUAUAGAGACGCGGCUAUCGCAUUCUUGGGACUCUCGCCCAGAUGCUGUUCGAGGCCUAUGGAGAUGACAAAACAUUGGAUAGACGAGCUAGCAACGAGCGGACGUCGCGUCCUUGAUCUGAAGAGUGACAACGAGAGGCGGGUGAAUGGAGUCCACGAUGAUAUCGCCAUGAACAGUUUGGUACAUGAAAUCAAAGUCAAUUAUGGGAACCCCAACGACACACUAUUCGGCAACUACCACGCCUACAUCUGCGAUUCACGCUUCGAAAUAGUAUCCCGCGUACUAGCAUGCAGUAACUGGAGCUCACGGUAUGACAGCGUCACGCCGCCAAAAAGAGAAACAAACAACAAUACAAAAGAAACGAAAGAGAUAGACAUAGUCUCACCGAAAGAGCAGGACAGCCUUAUUUCAUGUACGAGCGGAUAUGAGACAAAAACAAGCGACAGUUCGGAAAAAGAACAGCACAGUUUGACGUCACUGAAUGAACAGGAGAAUGAAGUUAAGACCGAAUUGAAUGAACUAAAAGAACAUGAUAGUUUGACGUCUACGGGGGAGAGUAGUGGGUAUGAAAGCUUUAAGUAUAAAGAGGGGGAGGGGGAUGAGGGAUUCGCUGAGGAGUUGUUCCGGAGGAGUUUUGUAAAGAAGGAGGAUAAUGGGUAUGAAGGGGAGGUGCCUUUGAUCAGAAGCUGGAGGGCCAGUGCUGAAUCAAUUAUUGGCCCAUUACUAGCCAGCCUUCUGAAGAAGACAGCAGUUCUCUUAGAAUCUGAAGUGAUAGUAAACUGCCGCGUCACGAGUGUAGUCUCCAAGUUGGCGUCACUACCUACUCCUCUGCUGACCUCGCUACUGCUGUGUCCCGGAUUUGUAUUGCAGCCUAACGUGCCUUCUUUGUUUCAAAUACUAAGUAAACUAAAAGAAGAAGUAGACGAGCUGACGGAAGGUAUAGACAACGCGGGCGAGCUGGUGGACAAGGCGCGAGUUUACCUUAUACAACGAGAGAUGGCGUUAGUGAAGACACGAGGCCCGACAAAUGAUGAUAGUCACGGCCACGACUCACCGUCCCAGAAAUCGGACGACUCGCCCUUCCGACGUGUCGAGGCGAAACGUCGCAGUCUCUCCAAUAGCAUAUCCAACAUGUUUGGACGGAGAUUAUCUUCUUCAUCGCCCUCCCAGCAUCACAUGCACAGUCCACAACCCCACACAUACGCCAGUCCACAAAAACGACCAGUGUUUACACAGGAAUCUUACUGGAACCAAUCUAUCACACUACGCUCAAUACUAAACGCCGUCAUACUUGAUGAGUGGCUCAAAGAAUUAGCUGCACUAUGCGAAGAACACGCCCUACGACUUUCAGCCAAUCACUAUGAAGAUGAGAGCUACGUACAAGCCGUGGCCUUAUGA